GCCGCAAGGCUCCGCUCAGUGCGGCGCAGUCAGCCCGACGAGUAGCCGGUCGUCCUCGCGCGUUUCCCGUGCACCCGUACACUAAGUGCCCUGCUCUCUCUCUCUCUCUCUCUCUCUCCCUCUCUCUCUCUCUCUCUUUCUCUAUCUCUGCCCUCACCUGCCAGCUGUGCGUCGAGCGUUCUUCUCUCGGUCUUCCGACUCUGUGCUCGCGUGAACCAGUGCGACCGCGGAGGAAAUGGACUGUGCGAAGGAGCCCAGUGCCAGGGGCAGCCGCGCGCGCGCGCUCGAUUGAGCCCGGACAUGCCGACUGGCGGAGCGCGGGUGGUGCGCCGCAGCUGAUCGUCCUGCCGAGCCCGAGCGACUGGCGACGAGUGCAGUGCGUACAGGCGGCCGAGUUGCAGCUCGCAGGCAAGAUUCUGUCGCCCAGGUACCGGCGCGCCCUGAGUCCCGGGCCGACUCCUCUAGAACGCGGCGGCGGCGGCGGCUGCUCGCCCAGCACCGAGGAGGACAGCCGGCACUGCGAGAGCGAGGAGCGGACCGCGAUGACGGUCCACCACCACCGCACGAACCACCACGUGGCCGCCCUCAGCGGCAUAGUCCUGGCCGCGGCCGCGGGCAACGGCCCGGCCGGGCUCAACCUCAGCCGCAUGGCCAACCUCGAGGCGCACCCGGAGCUCCAGAGCUACGUCGACCGGAGCGCGGCCCACGAGCGGCUGAGCAACGGCGGUCACCUCGGCAUCAGCGUCCACGGCAACGCGGCCGGCCUCGGUCUUAACAGCGCCGGCCACAACAACAACAACAACAACAACAACAACAACAGCGGCAGCGGCGCCGGCAGCGGCGAGCCGGCCACGACGACGCCCCAGCGGUCGAGGUUCAUGAUCACCGACAUCCUGGCCAACGAGUCGAGCCCCUCGAGCCUGCAGAGCCAGGAGCCGCCGGGCAGCCCGCCCUCCACGCCCCAGAAUCUCAGCGUCAGGCACCAGUCGCGCUCGUCGCUCAACAACAGCACCGUCGACGAGGACAGCGACGCCAGCCACCACGACACCGUCUCCGUCUCGUCCAACGGAGGCAAAGACGACGACCCGAAGGGCCCCUCGAACUCGCUGAGCUCGUCGCAGAGCAAAAAGCAGAGGAAGGCGCGGACGGCCUUCACGGACCACCAGCUGCAGACCCUGGAGAAGAGCUUCGAGCGACAAAAGUACCUGAGCGUGCAGGACAGGAUGGAGCUCGCCGCGAAACUCCAGCUUACCGACACGCAAGUCAAGACGUGGUAUCAAAACAGAAGGACGAAGUGGAAGCGGCAGACGAUCGUGGGCUACGAGAUAAUGGCGGAGGCGGGCAACUACGCGGCGUACCAGCGGCUCUUCUCGGCGGCGGGGGUGCCGGCCCACCCGUCGGCCGGGCCCUACUGGCCGUACCCGGGCGCCGCGGCCGCGGUGGCCCACCACGCGCAGAACGACCUGCUCUACCGGCAGGCGGCGACGGCCGCGGUGACCCUGCAGAAGCCCAUGCCCUACCGGCUCUUCCCGCCGUCGGCGAUGAUGCUCGCGGGCCCGAGCAACCCGUUGGGCAACCUGGCCGCGGGCUCGGGCCUCAACAGCCUCGGCGGCUACUACAGCCGCGAGAGCCCGGGCGCCGAGUCGCUCGAGCAGCGCCAGCUCCGGGAGCACCGGGAGCCGCGCGAGCGGAGCAGGAGCCCGCUCCAGGCGGCCGCGCGAGAGCGCAGCCGGAGCCCGCUGCUCAAGCGGACGCCGCCGCCGCCCAGCGACACGCCGACCAGCCUCUGCAAGCCCGACAGCGACGAGGAGAGCAUACACGACGUCUAAGCGCGCCGCGCGCUCCGUGGGUGCCAAAGGAGGCGAGCGAGGCGGAAGCGACUGUGCGGGCCCGAGCGAAUUCGGCGGCGAGCAGGAAGCGACGCGCCAGGAUGCGCGCCCGCGGUUAACCGACCUGUACGAAAAACGGGAGAGCGCGCGGGGAUCGCUUACGCGAUUGUCUCGACUCUCGAGAAUCGAACGGAACGGGCGCCCGGAAGGGGUCGCCACCCCCUCGCUGCAGCGCGGGUUUUGAUUUUCCUUCCGCCCGCCUUUGUGUCCGGCUGCGGAGUGCCGUUACUCCUCCUCCUCCUCCUCCUCCUCCUCCUCCUCCGUUUUUGCGCUGCGCCAAUUUCGGGCAUUAACCACCCCGCGCACGCGCCUCUCCCCUUCUUCUUGUACAUAAGUCUGUGGAUUCUUAUUUAUUUCCAAAGCCGCGGGCGCCUAAACUGUUCUCAAGGACGCUAAACUAUGUACAUAAAUUAUCGCAUCGUUUGUCGCGCGCACUCUGUAUAAAAUAUAAGGCGGCGCAGGAGAGGACUGUCGAUUGCGUGUAGGUCGGCGCUACGUUUAAGUUUGUACACAGUUGCGCAUAUACAUAUUAUAGAAUAGACGUAUAUAUAUAUAUAUAUAUAUAUAUAUAUAUAUAUAUAUAUAUAUAUAUGGCAUAAAAGUUGAGUACGUAGAUUAAUUGCUCACGAGUUCGUACUUGAGUCGGUGGCGGUCGAGGGAGACGGAGCUUGCACGCGUGGUUGUCUCUGCAUCAGCGACAGCUUCCUCUCUGAGAGUCGAAUUUCGCCUGUGUCCCUCGACGACGCGUCGGCGAUCCAGAUUCCAGAGACACUCCGUCGUUUUCCAAUUCCCAUCGCAGGAGCUACGAGAUGCGGAAGAGUACCAGUAUUAUGAUGAAUGUAUAAAAUUACCUAGAUUUUAUCGAGCCGUUGAGUGAAAAAAGUGCGUGUGUGUGUGCGAGUGCGACGCACGAUAAUGCGAAACACGAGAUUGCGACGAUGACGAUGAAAAACCGCUGUUUCGUUUCGUCGACUUCUUGAUUGAUCGAUCGGUCGGGAUUAUUUUCUAAGCCGGUUCGAUAUUAAACGUUAUGAGUCCCCCAACAAGCAGCAAGAAUAUGUAGUGAAUCAUGCUUUGUAACAUAAUGUCUGUAUAGCAAAAGAUAUAUGGAAAAUAUAUUAUACUGAAUUUA